AUGAUAAAGAGAUAUAUACGUACAAAAAUUAUCACGAGUCUUAGCAAAUACAAAUGCUACAAUAUUGAGAAUGAAAAGACGUCAAAAUGCUGGCCCAAUCUAGAUUGUAUCGAUAGGGAAGAAGAAAAUAUAAAUGAAAAAACCAAGGAAGAAAAAGAGAAAAAAAAAACUAUACCAUAUUAUAAGAAUUACAUGCAUGACUUUUACAGCAGACAACUAAUGCAUAAUUUGCAUCUAAUCGAAAUGAAGAAAAUGGAAAAAUUAAGAAAUUUCAAAAUGCCAAAGAUUCAUACCGGGGAUCUAGUGGAAGUUAAAUAUGAGUUAUCUAGAUCACAGCAAACCUUUGCCAUCUUUCAAGGUUACUGCAUAGAAAUAAGAAAAAAAAGACUUGACUCAUCAUUCAUCGUGAAGAACAUAUUUGAUGGCGUUGGGGUAGAACAACUUAUCCCGUUCUACUCACCAAGAAUAUUAUAUGUUAAAAUUGUAAAAAGUUUACACAAUAUAAAUGAAGAAAAUAUGAAAAAAUAUUACAAAAUUAACAAACCAAUUACGAGAGAUUAUCGCUACAUGUGGCAGUAUAAUUUUAGAGGAAAGUACGAGAGACCAAGGGGACAACACAAACCUGGUAUUAGAUCAAUAGAACCAAAAAUUAGAAGACGGUUAGCCAAAUUAAAAAAAAAAUAUAUGAGAAGAAGAAUCGAGAGUAACCUCUCUUCUUACAUUUUUGGAGGUGUCUAUGCACAAUACACAAGAAAAAGAACUAGACUAGUACGUGCAGAAAUUUAUAGACGGAUGCUCAUUUAUGCAUUAGAUGAAGAAAACAGAAGAAAACAAAAAUUAAAUAAAAGGAGAGAAAAAGAAAGUUGGAACACCUUUAAAAUUAAUAGAAAUAAAGGAGAUAACGCUUUCAUGGCUUUGCCUUCCAAUCAUCCACUUGUUAAUAAAGACAAAACAAAGGGGACGCUUUAA